CAGGCAGGCAGGCAGCAGCAAGCAGCAGCAGCAGCAAGCAGGAGCAACAGCAGCCAGUGUCCAUCAGAUCCUCACCUAGACCUUCGGGUAUCCAGAUCCACAUCUUCACUCAAGCCGAGGGAGGGAAAAAAGGAGAGAGGAGGGGGGGGGAGAAAAACUUAGCGGAAACUUCUCAGAGAAUGCUCCAAAACUCAGCCUUGCUUCUGGUCCUGGUAAUCAGUGCUUGUGCAGCCUAUGAAGCCGAGCAGAAUGACUCUGUGAGUACUAGGAAGACCAGAGUGGCAGCGCAAAACUCAGCUGAAGUGGUUCGCUGCCUGAACAGUGCCAUUCAGGUAGGCUGUGGAGCAUUUGCCUGCCUGGAGAACUCCACUUGUGACACAGAUGGGAUGUACGACAUUUGUAAAUCUUUCCUGUACAGCGCUGCUAAAUUUGACACUCAGGGAAAAGCCUUCGUCAAGGAAAGCCUUAAGUGCAUUGCCAAUGGAGUUACCGCCAAGGUCUUCCUGGCUAUUCGGAGAUGCUCGACUUUCCAAAGAAUGAUCUCUGAGGUGCAGGAAGAGUGUUACAGCAAGCUGGACAUGUGCGGUAUCGCAAAGCGAAACCCGGAAGCAAUAACAGAAGUGGUGCAGCUUCCAAAUCACUUCUCCAACAGAUAUUACAACAAGCUGGUCCGGAGCCUCUUGGAGUGUGAUGAGGAGACAGUGGGAACGAUCAAAGACAGCUUAAUGGAGAAAAUUGGUCCCAACAUGGCCAGCCUCUUUCACCUCUUGCAGACAGAUCACUGCUCCCAAACCCACCCACGAUCUGAUUUUAAUAGAAGGCGUAUCACUGAGCCCCAGAAGCUAAAAAUCUUCUUCAGGAACCUCCGAGGUGAGGGUUCCCUUCCCUCCCAUAUGAAACGCACCUCAACAGAGAGCGCUUAAUGAUUCACCAGAAGCAUUCAAAAUCCUACCAAGUUAGUCUCAUUUUAGAGGAGUUAAAACACCACCUUGAGUGUUCUGUGCCCAAUUUGAUUCUAUUUCUCCCCUCCACCCCCCAUAGUUUCUGUUUUCUAUUCCCCUUAAGGCAACUGCAUGGAAUUAGGCUUCAGUAUUCAAUGUCCCAAUGUUCUGCAACAAAAAUAUUUUCCCCCCAACAGAACAGGCUAGGUUCUUGGAUAUGAUCUUACUGCAUCCCUCAACAGAAACCACCCCUCACACCCACCCACCCAGUUCCUUACUCCCACUUCUCCUUCCCCUCUGCCAUCACCACCAAACCAUCCAUGUAAAUCCCAACAACAUGAGUUGACAAUUUGGAGCCUUUUAGAAUAGUUAUCCCAGUGGAGUUAGCUGAUAGGUAACAACUUAACCGAAAUGCAUGUCUUGAAUGUUCAUAAAGGUGUUGAAUGGAAUUCGUGUUAUGAAUCUGUGCUGGCCAUGGACGAAUAUGAAUGUCGUGAUGGAAUUCUUGGUCUCUAAUGAACUAGUGUCAUAGUCUUAAUCCUCAAAAGUCUAAUUUCCUUUUCAGACGUUUUAUCUACCAAAUUGCUCGAGCCUAGUUCUCUAACUAGACCCUGAGACUGCAUCUUCUUGCAUUUAAAGAAAAAAAAAAUCCUAUCAUCUUUAUGUACUGUAACUGUUCAGAGCUUUAAAAGUACAAUUGUCUUAAAACUAGAGUAUCUUAAGGUCUAACUGUGGAAUAUAAAUAGAUGAAAACUUAUGUACUGUACAUAAAUUCCAGAGGAGUCUGCUUAGAAGAAGCAGAAUAUAAUAACUUUAUUGCAUAUAGAUUUAGUUUUGUAACUUAGCUUUAUAUUUCUUUUCCUGGAAUGGUAUCUCUAUCACGUGAUCAGAAGUAUACAUACACAAACGCUCCUUGUGGCCUUUUAUAAUGAAGGUGGUAGAACUAGUUCCACUGUACAUCAUAACUUGAGAAGGGUCUGUACCGGACUAGAAAAACCGACAGGUAUUUCUGAAACACCCCGGGUUAGUAGUCAUUGACCUAAAAUCCACCUCUAGCCAGAGGCUCCUCCUAAUUUAGGCCUAUCCUGAAGCGGUUCUGGCCCAUUAUCCCGGUAACCAUGGGAGAGACACAGCAUUUCCUGAGGUUGGGACCACCCCGGUGGUACCAGCUGUGUCUUGAGAAGCGGUACUUCUCAGAUCGGCACCCUUCGCUGGUGACCGUCGCCGCCCCAGCUCAGCGCGCGGAUCAGCGGGGAAGGAGGAGGAUUUUCCAUAAGUUAGGCUUCGGUGACCCAGCCUGCCCAUCUCCUAUUUGGGACAUGGGGCCUGAAGCAAUGAAAAUAGACCUGGACUGUCCAGCCUUAACGAAUCCCUUGGCAUUUGUUCUGUAGCACGUUGCCUGCCAAAGCAGUCCUGGCAGCUGAGACAUCUUUGCAGUA